UUUUCUAUGUUUGAAAAAUGCCUUUUUGACGUAACCAUAUAAAAACAAAUAAUGCAUGCAAAGGGAAAUUAGGAAGAAUUUAACAAAGGAAUUGUGAGAAACCAGAAACCCACACGCACAGGCUUUAACACGCCGUGUGUGGAGGUGUUUCUGGUGAUUCCUUUGUUAAACUUCCUCACGUUUACCAAUCAUGAUCAACCAUCUCAAGGUUCUUUUUAUUUGCUCUAUCUUGUUCCUUGCUGUGGCUGAAGCCAGAAUCAAAAGAAAGCACAAACAUAAUAUCCAUGUUCAUCAUCUUCGCCAUGAGCCCCUCCUUCCCGAGUACCAAGACCAAAAAUCAUUAUUUGCGCUAGAUCCCUUCUAUUCUGAAUCACCACCACCUCCUUCAGAGUUACCAUCCUUUUCUGAGCCCCCACCUUUCCCUCUACCUGCUGAAGAAACUAAGGCUCCUUUUCUAGUAAAUUCCCUUGGAGAUUGGGAGUUGAUUUCAGAAAAUGCAGGUGUUUCGGCCAUGCACAUCAACUUGUUACCCACAAACAAGAUCAUCGUCUUUGAUGCCAAAGUUUAUCGCACCUCUAGGAUUAGACUACCUGAAGGCGAGCCAUGCGUUCCUUACAGAGAUGCGGGCUCUACAGAAGACAAAUUCGAUUGUUUUGCUCAUGCAGUCGAAUACGACAUCGAGACAAACCAAGUUAGGGCAAUACAGGUAACACAGGGAGAUCCAUGGUGCUCCAGCGGAGGUGUUAGAUCUGAUGGUACCUUCGUGAGUACCGGUGGUUUUGACACCGGAGGUAAAAGCAUUAGAUACAUGGGUCCUAACUGUGAUGGUUGUGAAUGGAGGGAAUAUGACAACGUUCUAGCAACAGAUAGAUGGUAUUCAACUCAACAAAUGCUUCCAAACGGAGACUUCAUUUUGAUAGGCGGCCGGAAAUCAUAUAGCUAUGAGUUCGUUCCAGCAGAAGGCCAAAGGAGUGAGAAAACCUUCUAUUUCCCCUUCUUAACCGAAACCUCCGACAUUGACGAAAACAAUCUCUACCCUUUCGUCCAUCUUUCCACCGACGGUAACCUCUUCAUCUUCUCCAACAACCGCUCCAUUCUUCUCAACCCCAUCUCCCACAAAAUUGUUCGCACCUACCCCGUCUUACCCGGUGGCAGCCGCAACUACCCCGCCUCUGGCAUGUCCGCCCUCCUCCCCAUUAACCUCGACGACCCAAACCCCAAGGCUGAGGUCAUGGUUUGCGGCGGCAACGUUCCCGACGCCUUCCACAUUGUCGAGACAACCAGAGUCUUCCUUCCAGCUCUUCAAGACUGUAAUAGGUUGGUGAUUACGGAGGAAUUUCCUGAGUGGGAGAGCGAGUUGAUGCCUUCGGGGAGAACCAUGGGAGACCUGUUGGUGCUCCCCAAUGGGGAACUGCUGAUGAUCAAUGGUGCAACAAGAGGUACGUCUGCAUGGUGGGAUGCUGACAUGCCUAACUACACACCCGUGUUGUACAAACCGGAGGAGCCUAGAGGGUUAAGGUUUACGGUGCUUAAGCCAAGCACCAUUGCGAGAAUGUACCACUCUACUUCGACGGUGCUUCCCAGUGGCAAGAUUUGGGUUUCUGGAAGCAACACCCACAAUACGUACAAGGAUGUGGACCUCUUCCCAACUGAGACUAGAGUUGAGGCUUUCUCUCCUCCUUACUUGGAUCCCAAUUUUGACAUGUUUAGGCCACAGAUUCUCGAGGAUGCUUCUCAGAAAGAGCUGACAUAUGGUUUUGUCUUUGAGGUUAGUUUCUCAAUGGAAGAUGGAGCUGGGUUGACUCAGAACGAUAUUAAGGUGUCCAUGUAUUCCCCACCUUUCACCACUCAUGGAUUCUCUAUGGGACAAAGGCUCUUGUUUCUUAAGAUUUACGAGUUGAUCACAGAAACCGAAGGGUCUUACAGGGUCAGAGUGGAGGCUCCUCCAUCCAAUGUGGUUGCUCCUCCUGGCUACUACUUGUUAUUUGUUGUUCACCGUGGCUUGCCUGGCAAGGCAAUCUGGGUCAACAUACAAUAG